ACAGAGGUGGUCCUUAAAGAUCGAGAGCGGAUCAAGAGGUAGCGGGACGUGGGCGGCACUGAAUUGUGCAAAGAAGCACAGGGGAUCCGUUUACGGAGUUCAUAGUUCAUUUGCUUAACGGAAGAGGAGCGAAGACGAGACAGGACGAGACGAGAGAAGUUGAGGGAGAGAGAGAGCGAGGGAGCGAGAAGCAGCUGAGGGAGCUUGGAGUUUCACAGUGGCGACAUUGAAGCACUGAUUGGGGGAGGUCGUGAUGGCACCGCGUAGAGCAGAAAUCCUGCAGGCUUUGUUGAUUUGUGGUAUCGUAGGUAGUUCGUUUUGCUGUGGAAAUUCUGCAGCAUGGAAGCCGAAGUAUCUUGAUUCUCGACCAGGCUCGAACCGUAGAUAUCCGCUAGGGCAGGCAGAGCGGAUGAUCAAGGCGCUCAAUUUGAUUCCCGGAGUUUCCGAAGGUGGUGUGAAUUUGGAAGACAACGGGAAGCGAAUUGUGGAAAAGGAGUUAAAGUUGAAUGUCAAAGGAGAGUCCGGCAUUGCACCAGAGGAAAUUGGACAGUAUGCGGGUUACUUCAAGCUGCCACGAACUCAUGCUUCCAAGAUGUUCUAUUUCUUCUUCGAGUCAAGAGGCGACAAAGCAAACGAUCCCGUUGUGCUGUGGAUGACCGGAGGUCCUGGUUGUGCCAGUGAACUUGCUCUGUUUUACGAGAAUGGACCGUUCAAGAUAGCUAACAACUUGAGCCUAGUUUGGAACGACUAUGGUUGGGACAAGAUAUCCAAUAUCAUCUUUGUCGACCAGCCUAUUGGAACUGGGUUCAGUUAUAGUCCAGAUAUUCGUGACUUGCGACAUGACGAGGACGGUGUUAGCGAGGACAUGUACGACUUUUUCCAGGCCUUCUAUGAAGAACAUCCUCAGUUCAAGAAAAACGAUUUCUUCGUCACAGGGGAAUCUUAUGCCGGACACUAUGUUCCAGCUGUUGCGGCUCGUAUCCACAGCGGUAAUAAAGCCGGAAACGGGAUCCACAUCAACAUGAAGGGCUUUGCCAUUGGGAAUGGUCUUACACAACCAGAUCUUCAGUAUGAAGCCUAUGCGGAUUACGCACUAGACAAUGGCCUUAUUAGCAAUGAGGACUACAAGCGUCUGAACAAAAUCUACCCUGCCUGUGCUACUUCUAUCAAGAUGUGCGGUAGUAAGGGGACGUUCACUUGCAUUGCUGCCUACUUAGUCUGCAACAGCCUCUUCAACUCCAUCUUGUCCAUUGCCGGGAAUAUCAACUACUACGACAUCCGGAAGGAAUGCGUAGGCGAACUUUGCUACGACUUUUCAAACCUGGAGGCAUAUUUGAACCAGGAGUCCGUACGAGACGCCUUAGGAGUAGGAGAUCGCAAGUUUGUUUCUUGCAGUCCCCUCGUGUAUGAAGCUAUGAUCGUCGAUUGGAUGCGCAAUUUGGAAGUUGGUAUUCCAUCUCUUUUAGAGGAUGGAGUAAAGCUACUUGUCUAUGCAGGAGAAUACGACCUUAUCUGCAAUUGGCUUGGAAAUUCAAGAUGGGUCACGGCCAUGGACUGGUCUGGGCAGAUUGAGUAUGCGAAAGCUGGUUGGAAGCCUUUCAAUGUGGAUGGUGUAGAAGCGGGAUCUGUAACUGGAUACGGGCCUCUAAAUUUCAUGAAGGUGCACAAUGCCGGACACAUGGUGCCUAUGGAUCAACCGAAGAAUUCGUUGGAAAUGAUUUACCGUUGGACAAGGGGUAAACCUUUGGCCAAUGACGGUCAAGUUGUCCAGACCACGGAAGGAGGGGCAGACGAGGUGAUAAUUCCGAAGGUGAAAGAGGAUGUCGAUGGUUUAGUCGUCGAUGAUGCACAGAAGUCUACUAAGGAGCUGAGGGAAAUAACCUUGGAAGUAAAUCUCUCAAAGAAAGAGAAGGGUGGCGCAUUUCUUGACCAGUAAAUAUUUUCUGAACACAGAUACUUCGAAAGUUACUGAACGAGAUUAACACAAUGGACGCAUGAGACAAGCACAUCCAAGUCUCUGCAGUCUCUCACCCUAACCCUGUAUAUACUCUUAACGUCUGUAGAUGUAAAAGUGCUGAGGUUUCUAGGAAUAUUUUGGUACAUUGCAUUUUUCUGCGUGUAGCCGCAUGAAGAAACAUCUGAAUAGUGGGCCUUACCCUGUCAACAAAGAUUUACUUCAAGGCAGUAGCUGUGAAAGCGCUGGACAGUGUUCGGAUAUUUAAGAUGGUUUAUGCCCUCGAAGGUGAAGUUAGCGCCUUCGUCAGGUCAUUGAAGAGAGGAGGAGAUCGUGUCCGCUGUUUACAUGACCUGAAUGUAAAAUAUUCACUUCAAAUCAAAAAGCUCCAAUG